GCUAGUAUGUCUUGGUGCGCUAGCUUGGCGUUUUGCAGGGUGCGCUCUGUUGGGGCAGUAGUUGCGCUUUUUUUGUUUGUCUUGCAAGCUGAUCGACGUGUUGAAGCGCGGAGGUAGCGGCGGCAACGAAAAAUGGCAGCGAUGCGACCAAUGCGAGCCGUGCGCAUUUUGCUCCUCAUCGCAGCAUGCGCAGUCGACGGCCUCAAACCUGCUGCACGCAAGGUCAUGCUAAUACGCCACGCCGAGAGCGAGCACAACGAGGCGGAACGCAACUGGGACCUGCGAGGGCUUUUACUGAAGCGCGACCACGGCAUAACGACUGCAGGCUACGCCCAAUGCGACGCGCUGCAGGCGUACGUCGCCGAGCAGCGCGCGGACGCGGCGUCGCCUUGGGCCGACGCGAGGCUGGAGCUCUACGCCUCGCCGCUCACGCGCGCGAUCCAAACCGCGUUGAUCGCUACUGACGGAAUCGACAAACCGCUCGUGCUGCUGCCCGACGCGCGCGAACUGGGCGCUGGGCCGAUCGCCGGGCGCGACUCGUUAGGCGCUGCGGUGGGUGUGUUGGAGAUCUUGGACCGCGUGAGCGACGAGUCGGCGCGGCCCCUGGCAAUCGAGCGAGUCGAUGCGGCGCGGUGCGAGGCGCGAUGGUGGUCGCGGUGGGAGCCGCACGUCCGCGCGCGGCGCCGCGUGGACCGGUUCCUCGGCGAGCUGGCCGACGGCGGCGACGGGCCGGCGGCCGUGGUCUGCCACUCGCUCCUGAUCCGAUCUAUUUUAAGGCGGCACUGCCCCGACGACGGGGACCUCGCGCGCGGAUUGAUCCCGAACUGCUCCGUGCUUUCGAUUGAUGUGGGCCGCGACGGCGACGGCGCGCUCCGGCUCGCGAAUCCAGCGCUCGCGUUCAGUCCCACCGAAUAAUAACAAGUUUUAAUCA